GUGACCGCGGCCGGCCGAGCCUGCCGAGUGUGUGAGUGAGCGGCUGAGUGUGUGCGUAUGGGCACGGGAAGGGAAAUGGCUCGGGCCGUGGCCGGUGCGACGGCUCGGGUUGCGGUGAAGAGCGAGGCUUCGGCGGCGUGAGGUCUUGAUAUUUUGGAAGCCACAAUAAAUAGUAUCAAGAGACUUUUUAGAGGACAUGGCUCAGAUCUCCAACAAUGGACUGAAGCAGAGUCCGAGUUCCCCCGUGGGCCCAGGAAGAACGGCGGAUGUGGGCAAAGAAGAAGCCCUGCAGAUGGAAGCAGAGGCUCUAGCAAGGCUGCAGCGGGAGAGGCGCGCCGCCGACCGCCUCAGAGGCUCCCACCCGGCUCGUGGCGCCAGGCCGGCAACACAGGUCCGUGGUGAGCAGGACUACGAUCUCAUGGUGUUUCCGGAACUAGAGUCCCAAAAGAGAACUGCAGACAUCGAUGUGGAAAAGCUCACCCAAGCUGAACUUGAGCAACUGUUACUUGAUGACAGUUUUGAGACUAGGAAAGCACCUGUAUUGCCAGUUCCUCCUAUUCUAAGCCCUUCAGUUUCAGCACAGCUCUAUGUUAGCCCUGGUACUCAGAGAGGACAGUGGCCACCUGGAUUAUCUGGGCCCUCCACAUACCCUUUGCCUUCUGUUUAUCCUUCACCUUACAGUAAACAGGCUGCAUUCCAGAAUGGUCUCAAUCCAAGAAUGCCUGCUUUUCCAUCUAUAGAACCCAUAUAUUUAAGACUUCCAGGACAGUCUCCGUAUUUUUCAUACCCUUUGACCUCUGCCAUUCCAUUUCAUCCACAAGGAGGCUUACCAGUCUACCGGCCCUUGGUCAGUCCUGAUAUGGCAAAGCUAUUUGACAAAAUAGCCAGUACAUCAGAAUUUCUAAAAAAUGGGAAAGCAAGGACUGAUUUGGAGAUAAAUUCACAAGCAUCAGUCAGCAGUCUACAGCUGUCUCCAAAGUCUGAGGAUAUCAGUAAAUUCGACUGGUUAGACCUAGAUCCUCUAAGCAAGCCUAAGGUAGACAGCGCGGAAGUGCUAGGUCACGGAGAAGAGAGAACUGUUCCAAGUUUGCUAGCGGGGGAUCCUUGGGAUGCUGUUCUUCUAGAAGAGAGGUCUCCAGCAAGCUGUCAACGGGAAAGAAAAGUGAACGGAAAAUCCUUUCCUGGGGCAGUGGUAACAAGAAGCCAGUCUUUAAACAUUCGAACAACUCAGCUUACAAAAGCCCAGGGCCAAGUAUCUCAGAAAGACCCAAAUGGGACCAGUAGUUUGCCAACUGGAAGUUCUCUUCUACAAGAAUUUGAAGUACAAAGUGAGGAGGUGGCAGCUUUUUGUCAAUCCAUUACCAAGUUGAAGGCCAAAUUUCCAUAUACCAAUCACUGCACAAAUCCAGGCUAUUUGUUAAGUCCAGUCACAGUGCAAAGAGGCACCUCUGGAGAAAAUGCCAGCGUGAAGGUCUCCAUUGAAAUCAAAGGAUUUCAACUGCCAGUCACUUUUACAUGUGAUGUGAGCUCUACUGUGGACAUCGUCAUAAUGCAGGCCCUGUGCUGGGCACACGAUGACUUGAAUCAAAUAGAUGUUGGCAGCUACGUUCUAAAAGUUUGUGGUCAAGAGGAGGUUCUGCAGAAUAACCAUUGCCUCGGGAGUCAUGAACAUAUUCAAAAUUGUCGAAAAUGGGACACAGAGAUUAAAUUACAACUCUUGACCUCCAGUGCCAUGUGCCAGAAUCUGGCCCGAACAGCAGAAGAUGAUGAAACACCUGUUGAUCUGAACCAAUACCUGUGUCAAAUAGAAAAACCAUAUAAAGAAGUCAUGACAAGACACCCUGUGGAAGAGCUCUUAGAUUCUUAUCACAACCAGGUGGAACUGGCUGUUCAAACUGAAAACGAACACCGAGCUGUAGAUCAAGUAAUUAAAGCUGUAAGAAAAAUCUGUAGUGCAUUAGAUGGUGUGGAAACUCCCGCAAUUACAGACUCUGUGAAGAAGCUAAAGCGAGCAGUUAACCUUCCAGGGAGGAGACGCGGUGAUGUGACUUCACUGUCUGGAGGAGGAGACACUAGCGAGAACUCAACUAAAGGCCCACUGAAUCCAGAGAAUCCUGUUCAGGUGGGGCUGGACCAACUAACCACAGCGGUUUAUGAUCUCCUCAGACUCCAUGCUCGUUCUAGUAGGCAUUUCAGAGACUGUCCACAAGCUACCAGGCACAUCAAAGAAGCAUGGACCACAACAGACCAGCUCCAGUUUACCAUCUUUGCUGCGCAUGGGAUUUCUAGUAGCUGGGUGUCAAACUAUGAAAAGUACUAUUUGGUAUGUUCCUUAUCUCACAACGGGAAGGAUCUUUUUAAACCUGUUCAAUCAAAGAAAGUUGGCACUUACAAGAACUUCUUCUAUCUUAUUAAAUGGGAUGAACUAAUCAUUUUUCCUAUCCAGAUAUCACAGCUGCCACUAGAGUCGCUUCUUCACCUUACUUUAUUUGGAAUCUUAAAUCAGAGCAGUGGAAGUUCCCCCGAUUCUAAUAAACAGAGGAAGGGGCCUGAAGCUUUGGGAAGAGUUUCUUUACCCCUUUUUGACUUUAAGCGGUUUUUAACAUGUGGAACUAAGCUUCUGUACCUUUGGACGUCAUCACAUACAAAUUCCAUUCCGGGAACAAUGCCCAGAAGAGGCUGUGUCAUGGAGAGAAUAGUGCUGCAGGUUGAUUUUCCUUCUCCGGAGUUUGACACUGUUUAUACAGUGCCUCAAAUUGAAAGUAGCAUGACACAGCAAUACAAGUUGGAAACACUGGAGAAUGAUGUGAAAGGGAAACUCUUGGAUAUUCUGCACAGAGACUCUUCAUUUGGACUUUCUAAAGAAGAUAAAGUCUUUUUGUGGGAAAACCGUUAUUAUUGCCUCAAAUACCCAAAUUGUCUUCCUAAAAUACUAGCAAGUGUUCCAAAUUGGAAGUGGGUUAAUCUUGCCAAAAUUUACUCAUUGCUUCAUCAGUGGCCGCCGCUGUGCCCACUAACUGCAUUGGAGCUUCUGGAUUCUAAAUAUGCUGAUCAGGAAGUGAGAUCCCUAGCUGUGAAUUGGAUUGAGGCCAUUAGUGAUGAUGAGCUAACAGAUCUUCUCCCACAGUUUGUACAGGCUUUGAAAUAUGAAAUUUACUUGAAUAGUUCACUGGUACGCUUCCUUCUGUCCAGGGCAUUGGGCAAUAUCCAAAUAGCUCACAGUUUAUACUGGCUUCUCAAGGAUGCUCUGCAUGACACACAGUUUGGUAGCCGAUAUGAGCAUGUGCUGGGUGCUCUCCUCUCAGUAGGAGGAAAAGGACUCAGAGAAGAGCUUUCUAAGCAGAUGAAGUUUGUACAGCUUUUAGGAGGAGUAGCAGAAAAAGUAAGGCAAGCUAGUGGAUCAGCCAGACAGGUUGUUCUUCAAAGGAGUAUGGAACGAGUACAAUCCUUUUUUCUGAGAAAUAAGUGCCGUCUCCCUCUCAAACCAAGUCUAGUGGCAAAAGAAUUAAAUAUUAAGUCCUGUUCUUUCUUCAGUUCAAAUGCUGUGCCACUGAAAGUCACACUGGUGAACGCAGAUCCUAUGGGGGAAGAAAUUAAUGUCAUGUUUAAGGUUGGUGAAGAUCUUCGGCAAGAUAUGUUAGCUUUACAGAUGAUAAAGAUCAUGGAUAAGAUCUGGCUUAAAGAAGGACUGGACCUGAGGAUGGUAAUUUUCAAAUGUCUCUCAACUGGCCGAGAUCGAGGCAUGGUGGAGUUAGUUCCUGCUUCUGAUACCCUUAGGAAAAUCCAAGUGGAAUAUGGUGUGACAGGGUCCUUUAAAGAUAAGCCACUUGCUGAGUGGCUGAGGAAGUACAACCCUUCUGAAGAGGAAUAUGAGAAGGCUUCCGAGAACUUCAUCUAUUCUUGUGCUGGGUGCUGCGUGGCCACCUACGUUUUAGGAAUCUGUGAUCGGCACAAUGAUAAUAUCAUGCUUCGAAGCACCGGACACAUGUUUCACAUUGACUUUGGGAAGUUUCUGGGCCAUGCGCAGAUGUUUGGCAGCUUCAAAAGGGAUCGCGCUCCUUUCGUGCUUACCUCUGACAUGGCUUACGUCAUUAAUGGGGGUGAAAAACCCACCAUUCGUUUCCAGUUAUUUGUGGACCUUUGUUGUCAGGCCUACAACUUGAUACGAAAACAAACAAACCUCUUUCUCAGCCUCCUUUCACUGAUGAUUCCUUCAGGGUUACCAGAACUGACAAGUGUUCAAGAUUUGCAAUAUGUUAGAGAUGCACUUCAGCCCCAAACUACUGAUGCUGAGGCUACAGUUUUCUUCACGAGGCUGAUUGAGUCAAGCCUGGGAAGCAUUGCCACCAAGUUUAACUUCUUCAUUCACAACCUGGCUCAGCUACGUUUUUCUGGUCUUCCUUCUAAUGAUGAGCCCAUCCUUUCAUUUUCACCCAAAACAUACUCCUUUAGACAAGACGGUCGAAUCAAAGAAGUCUCUGUUUUCACAUAUCAUAAGAAAUACAACCCAGAUAAGCAUUAUGUUUAUGUAGUCCGAAUCUUGAGAGAAGGACAGCUUGAACCAUCUUUUGUAUUCCGAACGUUUGAUGAGUUCCAGGAGCUUCAUAAUAAGCUUAGCAUUGUUUUUCCACUUUGGAAGUUACCUGGCUUUCCUAACAAGAUGGUCCUAGGAAGAACACACAUAAAAGACGUAGCAGCCAAAAGGAAGGUGGAACUAAACAGCUACUUGCAGAGUUUGAUGAGUGCUUCAGCAGCUGUCGCAGAGUGUGAUCUUGUCUAUACUUUUUUCCACCCCUUACUACGUGAUGACAAAGCUGAAGGAAUAGCUAGGUCUGCAGGUCCAGGCCCCUUCAGCCCUACUCCAGGCCAAGUAGGAGGAGCAGUGAAGUUAUCAGUCUCUUACCGCAAUAACACUCUCUUCAUCAUGGUGAUGCACAUCAAAGAUCUUGUUACUGAAGAUGGGGCUGACCCAAACCCAUACGUCAAAACAUACCUACUUCCAGAUACCCACAAAACAUCCAAACGCAAAACCAAAAUUUCACGAAAAACUAGGAACCCAACUUUCAAUGAAAUGCUUGUGUAUAGUGGAUACAGCAAAGAAACCUUGAGGCAGAGAGAACUUCAGCUGAGUGUACUCAGUGCAGAAUCUCUACGGGAGAAUUUCUUCUUGGGUGGAAUAACCCUGCCUUUGAAGGAUUUCAACUUGAGCAAAGAGACAGUUAAGUGGUAUCAGCUGACGGCAGCAACAUACCUGUAAACUGACUUUGGAAGAAGUUAUAAAUGAGUACACGUGUGCACACACGUGUGAACUUUAUUUUUUAUAUUUGGCAGAAAUUAUAAACUUGAUGCAUUUCAGCACCUCUGUUGGACCAACAGUCACAUAAUUAACUUUUAUAAAUUUUGGAAAGCCAUUGCUAUUUUAAAAUCAUUAUGUUGGAUACUACAAAUCCUAAACUUUGUGUGUGUGUGUGUGUAUGUGUGUGUUUCCUGAUAAAGACUUUGACACAAUGCUGUGUCAUUUUGACCACCUCUUUUGCAGUGUGCACACAGACACAGCACAUCUGUUUUCCCAUUACCCACUCUCACAGCCUUGACCACUGUGCACGCUCACAAACACCAAAGCAAAGGAAAGUUGCGGUUGUUAACCACAGAGUGCAGCUGCUAUUCAGUGGGCUGAAAAGCAAAGCACAAUACAUAGAGAAUUAUGUUAGGAACUACUAAGUAGUUUACAGAAGUAGGGAAAAACAGUACUGUUUUUAUUCAUUGUUAAAUAAGUGCCAAUCACUGAGGCUGUAAAUAAUGGUGCCUUACUUAACUUUAUAUGCUACCUUGGCACUUGAUGUCUCACUUUUUAUCCUGACUUGAUAAAGUAGUUUUCACUCUCUUUAAGCUUACUAAGGACAAAAAAAUUGUGUAUUUACUAGUUUUCCACAAAAUAUAAUUGUUCUCUACUUGUGAUGUAUGAUUUAGUUGUUUUAACUGUUAAACCAUUUAUUUAAGGUUUUGUUGCCCAGAAACUGAAUGAGAUUCAUUGAUGUAGUUGUAUGACGAAUUCUAUCAUUCCAUUAUAAUUCUACAUUUAUGUCCAGGGGUUGUGAACUGAAGUUGGAAUUUCACCUUCAUGUAUUUAUGUUUAUUAAAUUAAAACUUACUAAACAAGUGAAAUUGUUCACCCCUGAGCCCAUUCCUGUUUAGUAAGAACUCCACGAGUUGGGCAAACUCUUCCCAACAGGCCCAGGUUGAGGAUUCUAAGGUCCAGACUAAAUGUUAACAGAGACAUUUAUGAAAGUUGUCAUGUAAACUAUCUUAUAUUUGUAAACAUUGUACAUUCACACGAAAUAAUUAUUUUCUAUAAUACAAUGAAAUUCAGAAUUAUAAGGAGAGGUUUGAAAUUAUUAUGCAGUAACAAGAUUCAUAUUUAUUAGUUGCUCAUUCAAUUUCAGACAUAAGUUUGUUUCAUUUUGGUAAACAUGUAUAUAUAAUAAGGUUCAUGGUUAGAAUAGAAAUUCAAAUACUUUUAAAGUGGUAAGAGAGGUGUAGCAGUUUGUUAUGAGAAACCCGACAAAAUAUUUAAUGAAGCAACAAGAAAGGACAAUCUUGAAUUGAGUUGCUCAGAGUAAAGUUUUCUUGAGCUGUGCAAAAUGUUCAACAAAACUUAGGAUACUUUCAGAGCUGAAUUUAAAAAUUAAGAAUAUAUCAUGGGAUAGUUUAUAAAAAUAAAACUUGAAACUUUUGGUGCCUAACAUUAAUGGUCCAUUUGUAGGGAAACUGAAUAUGAUAUAUGAAUGUCUUUUUUUAAUGUUGAAAUGUGUUGUCUACUUGUUAAGCUAAUUAAGAUGCAGAUCAAAGCACCAGUUUGCUUUUUCCACAAUUAGCAUAUCCUUAAAUUGUAUAAGUAGCUUUGCAAAUGUAAAGUAGCACUAGAAAUUUCCACUUUUGAGAUCUAAUUCCAUUCCAUGAGUUCUGUAGCCACUGUCUAAAUAUAUAUAUGUAUUUUUUAAACAAGAGCAUUGUUAAUUGGACUCAACACAGACUGUUUCUUGCAGUCUGCUAUACAAAUACUUGUCGUUUAGCACAAAUGGUAGAAAAUACAGUGUUACCUUCUUUGCCAUCUAAAUCCACAUUUAAAGUGUAUAUUAUUAAAUCUGUACAGUUAACGAAAGGUAAUGGUUUAUUUUAAUUUAAUUCAUUUUGUGCCUUCUUUGAACAUCUAUUUUAAUAUAAAUUAGUCCUUUGUGAAAUGCUAAUCUUCAGCCCAUACCAAAAAAAUAGCAGUAGGGGAGGGAGAGUAGCCACUUUGCACUACUAUUAUGAUCAAUUCUAAAUCAGUUGUUUUUUUUUAAAAAAAAAAAUUUUAACAUUUACCUUAAACGAAAUCUGGAAAACUGGACCACACACUGUUAUUACAGUGUUGCAUACCUGCCUGCACUGAGUCCCACACCAGAACUUGUCAGUUUUCCGCCUUCCCCACUGAGGACGCCAGCAGCAGACUGGCCUGGUGCUGUCCCCAUAGAGUCGUGUGCCUGCACUGACUUCAGUGUUCCGCGAGGCAUGCGUGACCUGUGAGGAAGUAUUCCUCUGUUUCCUAUCAGUUAUACAGAAAGUUCAGAAUCUUGCCUUAAAUUGUUUAUUCUUUCUAGCACUCAUGAACUGUAGCAUUCACUCUUGCUAAACAUCAGAUCAAAAAUCCCUGAAGCCCACUAUUAUAAGCCGUGGAUUUACUCACAUGCUUUUCACUCACAGUGCAAAUAUGAACAUGACUAGUGUCAUCUAGAAGAACCAAAUGAAGAUGUAGAAUAUUUUAUUAAUACUUUGAAUAUAUUCAGUGGGUUGAAUGUGACUUCAUAACUGUACUCUGAUAUUAAGAUAUUUCUGGAAUAAAGGCAUUUAGCAGUCA